AUGGGCAGACAUAAAAAGACUAUUGCAACUAUUGCUCUUUUUAUAAUUAUUGUAAUUACUGUAAUAGUGACUAUAAAUGUUGUAUUAGUUUUAUAUCCUCGAAGUUUUUGCCCAGAUGAUUGGAUUGGUUUCCAAGACAAGUGUUAUUAUUUCUCUGAAAAAGAAGGGGAUUGGGAAUCAAGUAGAGGCAACUGUUCCAAAGAACAUGCUGACCUAACGACAAUUGACAGUGAGAAAGAAAUGUCUUUUCUUCGUCGGUUCAAAUGUACUUCUGAUCACUGGAUUGGGCUGAAGAUGAAAGAAAAUCGUACAGGACGGUGGGUAAAUGGAACCAUAUUUACUGAAGGUGGUAAGGUGAAAGGAAAGGAAGAAUGUGCUUACCUUGAUGCUGAUUAUAUUUCAACAGCUAGAUGCUACACAGACAGAAAAUGGAUUUGCAGGAAGACAAUGUACUAACUUGGUGAUGGAAGAAGUGGAAAAGAAUGCAGAUUACAUCUAAUUGGCCUUUCACAAUUAGAUGUACCCAGGGCUACUGAGUAGUGGUAACAUAAGCUGAAGCCAUGAGAAAUUGCCCAGGCAUCCUCAGUUCAGCUGGGAAGCUGACAGACUUCCUCCCGCUGUAGGCCUCCACCUUUGGGGACAGGGUGCCCUCCAGUGGUCACCCUUACAUUCUGGAUAAAGGCCUUCUGUCUUGCCCAGCAGGUGGUGCUGCCUGCGGCAAUCUUUCUUAAAGUGGUCAGUUUGACUGUAGCAGGAAAUCAAGGCAGACAGAAGACUCCAGGCACCAGCUGAUUAGCAGAAGUGGGUUUAUUCGGCAGGGGGUACGCGGAACACCAGCGUGUUU